GUGGCGUUGCCCCUGGAUACACGUGAGCAAAAGUUGUCACAAUGUCCCUAAUUUUAACCCUCGCCCUAUCUCCACAUGGGACAGGGCUGUAACCUUGGUAACCCCGCGAGGGGUGGGGGAGGAGCCUGGCUGACUCCGUGUGUGACACUGAGCGGGCACUGCACACACUGCGCGGAGUGUGACUGACAGAGGGAGUAGUGCAGGCAGUGACCGGGGUUUAGUCAUAGGUGGCAGGCUGAGGGGACAGGUCUUACCUAGCAGGACAUGCAGCAUUGGGACAGGCUGAGAUUAUAAUAAUCACCGGCUGGGGGCCAGGCUGAGGGAGUAGUGCAGGCAGGAGCUGGACUCCAGGGGGAGGUGACAGGCUGAGGGAGUAGUGCAGGCAGUAUCCAGACUCUGGGGGGAGGUGGCAGGCUGAGGUAGUAGUGCAGGCAGUAUCCAGAUUCUGGGGGCAGGUGACAGGCUGAGGUAGUAGUGCAGGCAGUAUCCAGUCUCUGGGGGGAGGUGACAGGCUGAGGUAGUAGUGCAGGCAGUAUCCAGACUCUGGGGGCAGGUGACAGGCUGAGGGAGUAGUGCAGGCAGUAUCCAGUCUCUGGGGGGAGGUGGCAGGCUGAGGUAGUAGUGCAGGCAGUAUCCAGACUCUGGGGGCAGGUGACAGGCUGAGGGAGUAGUGCAGGCAGUAUCCAGUCCCUGGGGGCAUGUGACAGGCUGAGGGAGUAGUGCAGGCAGUAUCAGUCUCUGGGGGGAGGUGGCAGGCUGGGGAGUAGUAGUGCAGGCAGUAUCCAGAUUCUGGGGGUAGGUGACAGGCUGAGGUAGUAGUGCAUGCAGUAUCCAGUCUCUGGGGAGGUGGCAUGCUGAGGUAGUAGUGCAGGCAGUAUCCAGUCUCUGGGGGAGGUGGCAUGCUGAGGAGUAGUGCAGGCAGUAUCCAGUCUCUUGGGGCAGGUGACAGGCUGAGGGAGUAGUGCAUGCAGUAUCCCAGUCUCUAGGGGAGGUGGCAGGCUGAGUAGUAGUGCAGGCAGUAUCCAGAUUCUGAGGGGCAGGUGACAGGCUGAGGUAGUAGUGCAGGCAGUAUCCAGAUCCUGGGGGGAGGUGACAGGCUGAGGUACUAGUGCAUGCAGUAUCCAGACUCUGGGGGCAGGUGACAGGCUGAAGUAGUAGUGCAUGCAGUAUCCAGUCUCUGGGGGCAGGUGACAGGCUGAGGUAGUAGUGCAGGCAGUAUCCAGGCACUGGGGGGAGGUGGCAGGCUGAGGUAGUAGUGCAGGCAGUAUCCAGAUUCUGGGGGCAGGUGACAGGCUGAGGUAGUAGUGCAGGCAGUAUCCAGACUCUGGGGGCAGGUGACAGGCUGAGGUAGUAGUGCAGGCAGUAUCCAGAUUCUGGGGGGAGGUGGCAGGCUGAGGUAGUAGUGCAUGCAGUAUCCAGACUCUGAGGGGCAGGUGACAGGCUGAGGUAGUAGUGCAGGCAGUAUCCAGAUUCUGGGGGGAGGUGACAGGCUGAGGUAGUAGUGCAGGCAGUAUCCAGACUCUGGGGGCAGGUGACAGGCUGAAGUAGUAGUGCAUGCAGUAUCCAGACUCUGGGGGCAGGUGACCGGCUGAGGUAGUAGUGCAGGCAAUAUCCAGAUACCGGGGCAGGUGACAGGCUAGGUGGAUAGAGAGUAAUUGCCUGGUGAAUGUGGUAGUAUGGAGGUGUUGUGGGGCUCUGCACUGCUGAUGGCUGUUAUAGUGCUCCUGUGUGAGGGGCUUCGCUCCCUGUUGCCCAGGAAGCUCCAUGGUCUACACCUAGAGUUGGCCUUUGAAGCGGUGUCAACCGUCCAGCUUUGCUGCUGUACCUGGGAGCUGGUCCUGCUGGGGGUCCGAGGCGGACUGGAUCCCCUGUUAAGUUUGGGCCUCACCUACCUGAUGACUGUGAUUCACUGCCUGAGUUUACGAGCUGCCUGUAACCCCUGUGGCAGCCUCCAGCUCUGGCUCCGCAAGGAGGCCUCGGGGGUGGACACCACACUGCGAUUGGUGGCUCAGUUCGCAGGGGCCGCGCUCUCCCGUCUGGUCAUGCCAUUCUUCUGGAAACUGAGGCUGUCCCAUCUGCAUGAGGACUGGAAGGCGGAGGACUUUAGGAGCCCACUGAGCAUAGGGCCCCUGUCUGGGGCAGGUGUGGAGAUGCUCUCUGCCCUGUGUCUGUUAAUCCUACUGAGGAACCUGGGCAAGGUGGAGGAGCAGUUCAGACCACAUGUGGUGGCAAUGCUCAUCACAGGGCUGGUGUAUGCAGGUAAGAGACCGUACACACAGGGUUAGGCGAAAAGUCGUGGGUUAUUAACUGAUGUGUGAAUUGUUAAGAAUUUGAAGUGAAUUUCAAACUUUAUGCCAAAAUCGACGAAUUGGUAAAAUUCUCCAAGUUGGCUAUAGUUGGAGCUCUGCUAUUUUGGUAUUACAUUUGAAAUUCACUCUGAAUUCCAGACUAAUCACUCUUCAGUAAAUAUCCUUGUUAAAAUUGGGAUGAUUAAGCAAUAUUUAAACUGUGUUCCAUGGGGGCAGCAGCAUGCUAAACUUACCCAUUGCAGUGAUUGGUGUACUUUAUUACUGUUUUCAUUCUGUUAAUACGGUAAUUACAAUAUUGUACCUUCUUCUAUUGUGAAUAGAAAACAGUGGCAUGCAUGUAAAGGAACUUGUAAUGCACCAUAACAACUUAAUCUGCUGCCUAGGAUUGCUUCUGAUGGGCGCCGUUGAUUGACUUAGAGCGGUUAACUGACACUUUCAGCCAAUCAGUGGCUCCCCAUUCAUAAAAAAUAAUUUUUAAGCUGUUUUGUGUAUGGGGAUCCACUUAUUUGCUGAGAACGUCUGCUAACUGUUCCAAGUCAAUCAGCGGCGCCCGUCAGCAGCACUUGUUGGAGGGCUAGAGUGAUCCCGCACUGGAUAGAAGACUUUGAGGUUAAACCCCUAAAGUUAAGCUAGUGCCAGGGACCUCCUGGCACCAUAACCACUUAAUUUAGAAGACGUUCUGAUGCCCACAAUGUUGCUUUUAGUACACGGUUAGAAUCCUAGGUUAUUCUAUGGAGUUUCAGUUCCUUAACACUAGAGGUCUGGGUGUGGUGUAAUGGCACUAUGCUUCCUUGCCCCAGGGGUCUAAAAGGUCUUCUUUUCCUUGUUGGUAUCUUUACCUGGCAAUCUAGCAGCUGAAGCUCUGUGUCCCCGACUGCAUUCGUAUCCUUAAUGCUUUAUUUUCUGGCACCUUUUUCGUAUAGAUUGGGGGAGUAGAGAUGUAAUGUUAUUGAGAGGGAGCAGUUAAAAAUAAAUACAUUUAAAAAUCAUUGUUUCUGUGGCCUCCAGAGGUAGUCAUCCUUCAGCACUCCAGAUGAUGUGGAUCGCAUUUCUCCUGAUGCUUUGCCAGCAUAAUGGCUGUAAGAGCAUUAAGGAAAUGUAAUCCACAACAUCUGCAGUUCUGAAGGUUGUCUACCCAUGGACUACUUCAUCAGAUGAAUUACAGGGAAUUCCUGGCAUAUUGCAGCUGCACUGUCACCGUCUGGGGACUUGGCAUAAUUUGCAAAGACACCUGACAGUGAAAUCGGAGGGAGGGGCAGGCAAAGGUGAGUUUAAAUUACCUGAACCUGUCCUUGCAAGCGCCACUAUCUUCUUCCGGUUGGUCCUGGUGCUUCAGCAUGCGCGAGAGUACUGUAUUGAUUGAGAUCUAUCUGACCAUAGACAGUGCCAAUUCCCUGCAGCCGUCACUGCUGAUAGCUGUGGCAUUGACACUUGUAUGUGGCAGUAGCUCUGACCCGUGUCUUGAAGCAUCAGGCGUAAGAAAAAUACAGAGAUAAUGGAGUUCAUACUUUCUCAGUAUGUCUUUUAAUUGGUUGACAUUUUAGGGAAAUUCCAACACCGUAAAUGAGUAUUUCAUAAAGAUUAUAAUACAUAAAUACACAUGGUGCUGAAAAUGUGACCGUGUUUAUAAAGUAAAUAUUUAUCUGUUGUCUAAAUUAGUUUAUACAUUUUUGGUUAUAUAAAAAAUAAAGUAAAGUGGAAAAUGCAUCCAUAUUUUCUUUUUCCCCCUUGCAGGAGGACAUCUCACAGGAGCUGUGUUCAAUCCAGCUCUUGCCUUCUCAGUUCUACUCAGCUGUGAAGGAAACACGUUUCUAGAGUAUGCUUUUGUUUACUGGCUGGGGCCCGUUAUUGGUAGGUGGAUUUUUAUAUGCUAAAUGUGUUGACAAAAGACCCCACAUAUAAGAAUCAUUCCAUUAAACGAUCCCCUGUGCUGCUAUGAGAAUGGAUAUUGCCAAAGAGUAUCCUUAAAUCAUUAAAGUCCAGCUCACUUUCACUUCGGAACAGCUCUCUGACCCUUUAUAAGUUUUCCCCUCUCUUUCAUAAAAAAUAACUUUGCAUCCAAUAUCUGUCUACAUUCAUGUUAAUACCUGGAUGUUCAGCUUCUAACGCAGGGGUGGUCAAAAGGUAUACCUGCGUUUAUGGAACUGCAGCUACCAUGAUGCUCUCUUGGCCUUCUUAAAGCGACACUAUAGUCACCAAAACAACUGCAGUUUAAUGCAGUGGUUCUGGGGUCUGUAGCCUGUCCCUGCAGGCUUUUUAAUGUAAAUACUGCCUUUUCAGAAUACGUGCAAUGUUUACAUUACAGCCUAGGGACACCUCCAUUGGCCACUUCUCAGACAGCCACUAGAGUUACUGUCUGUAUGCUCUGCAUGGAGACGCUGAACUUUCCACAUAGAGCUACAUUGAUUCAGGGGCUGAGCCAGAGCUGGCGGAUGUGCGAGGCACUGGAAAUAAGGUGAGUUUUACCAGAUUUAAGGGGGGAUAAAUAGUUAGUUUAACACUAUAGGGUCAGGAAUACAAGUUUGUGUUCCUGUAAGGCUGGCACAGUUUUAUAUGGAGGAUAGUUCCACAAUUCUUAAUGCACCUUUUAAAGCACUGCUUCUUUGACUCUUCUUAAUAAUUAUGGCUAAAGGGUUACGUGCUACUUCAAUACUUAACUGGGAUUUGUUGACUUUUUUUUGUUGUUCAUUAUUCUUGAGCCUAAUAAGAUUUUUUUUGUUUGUUUGUUUAUUAUAAUAUUUAUAUUUCUAUUGUUUUAUAUCUGUGUUGAGAUUUUCCAUCUUGUGAUUUUUCACUCUUUAAAGCGCACAAUACUAUUUGUAACUGUAUUACACUAUGUUGUGUUUCAUUCUGAUAUAGGUAUAGCCGGUUCCCCAUUUUUUUAGGUGAUAUACAUUCAUUGCCUUAGAACACCAGUUAAAUAUUUCUUGGUGGAGAAAUUAAUUUGUACAGAUCUACUAAAUUAAUGGGAUCUUAUAGUACCAGGAAUGCAAAGCUGGCAUUAACAUUGCAGCAAUAAGGGCAAUUGGGACACUGUACCUCGACCACUUGAAUAAGCUGAAGUGGUCUGGGUGCCUACAGUGUCCCUUUUAAAGUACCUUUUGUAUUUUUUAUUUUUUAUUUUUUUUUUUAUCAUUGCUCAUCAUUACUCAUCUUUUUGUUAAUUACUGCAGUAAUCCACGUGUUUUGCGUUUGGAUUUUUUUAUCAGUCAUAAUUUAAUUACUUGAUUUGUAUUGAUUAUUACAUUCUUCCACACAUGCAGGUCUCUGAUGUCCUUGAAAGUUUUGUUCAAACACAUGUCUGUUUCUUCUAGGUUUAAUACUCUCAAUUCUACUCCUUGAUGGAUGUAUUCCGAAACUCAGCUCGGACGAGAAGAUUGCAAGCCAAAAAAAAUUAACAUGAAAUACAACGGAAUCUGAAUCCAGUACGAAGCAAAUAAAACACUGCUUCUUUACUAUACAACAUGUUGCUGUGAUACAUGGCUUCUCCAACAUGGUUUGAAAUCUUCAGAAUUCCAUCACUGUUUUCCUGACACAAUUGGAUCCUUUUAAGAAACAAAGUUUUCCUGGCACUAUAGGUCCCUACAGUGCCCCCCUACCUCGCGCCCCCUCUCCCGCAAGGCUGAAGAGGUUAAAACCUACAGGGCAGACUUAGAGCUGUAUUGUAAACAUUUCAGUUCUCUGGAACUGCAAUGUUUUACAUUGCAGCACUAUGUGCCAAAGGGACACAGCACCCAGACUACUUCAAUGAGCUGAAGUGGUCUGGGUGCCUACAGUGUCCCUUUAAUUCAUUCAUUGAUUUACCAUUUAUUGCCUACAAUUAUUUUUACUAUGGUAGUUUGUUGUUAAAACCCCCCCCAAAACUUUCAAGACAUCGGUGUGUACAUAUAACAACUGGAAUGCUAUGGAAACUAAAUCUGCCGACCAAUGCAUAUAGAGAGAGAGGUGUGUGUCUGCUAACUUUUUCAGGGAUUUGAUUUGGCACCCACAGAAUGUGGGAUGUGUGAAUGCAUCUCACCAACAGAUCUUAAGGGUAAAACAGAAUAUCUAGAUAUCGCAUGAGAAGAAUGUGUAGAUGACCAUAUUCCACAUGUCUGCACUUUUGCACUUUACCAUAGAACACGCACUGUGGGAUGUAUUUUACCGAAGGGAGUGACUUUAGACACUGGUUUACUGAACAGUCAUUGUUCUAGAUCAGGGGUCCUCAAACUCCGGCCCCGCCAGAUGUUGCUGAACUACAACUCUCAUGAUUCUUUGAAUUACAUAGAUAGCCAGAGAAUCAUGGGAGUUGUAGUUCAGCAACAUCUGGGGGGGCCAGAGUUUGAGGACCCAUGUUCUAUAUAACUGGACAGUAGAUGAAGCUCUUUUAAUAAUUCUAACCACAUGUAUGUUUUGUUUUAACAAACUUAAGUAUAUGCAGAACCUACCAAAUAAGAGCGUGAACAAAAUGUAGGUUGUACGUUUUACUUUUAGUAUUGUUUUCAAUAUAUAUUUUAAUUCAUGACACAUUAGUAUGUUAAGAUUUUUAUGUUAAGAGUAGAGAUUACGAUUUGACAUUGACACCUAAGAUUAAUAGACAAGCUAAUCUUACAAACUGUGAAACCUAAAACUAUGUUUCAUACAAUUGUGAAACAGUUUGAUAUUCUAUAGAAUCCUGCAUUGAAUAAAAUGUUGGCAUAAUGCUUGUACAUGUGUAUUAGUGGAUUAUGCAUAGGACCGAAUAUUUAAAACACACUGAAAUUGGGACAGAUUGUUCUGAUGUAAUGUGUGUGUGUGUGAUAUUAGGUGCAGGUUUUAUUUGUUUAUCUGCCAGAGAAGCUCUUAAUGUCAUUGGUUUUAUUAUACUGAUCUACAUGUAGCUCGUAGCAAUAAUUUCUUUCGCACCAAAUAAGAAAAUAUUUGCUUUGCAUUUCACAUUCCCAUAAACCACACUACCUCAUAUCAGGAUUGUACUGCAAAAAAAAAACUGGUGCAACUGGUUUCAUUGUCUUAAUUAUGCAAAAACAUCUGAAGUUUAAUCUUAGUAUUUUUUUGCUUUUGGCAUUUUACUCUAAUUAAACAUUUUAUAAUCAUGUGUAGUGAGAUUUUGUGCAUCACAUGUAUAUUUCAGCCACAUGGCUAUUUUUAGCAGCUAUCUUUAAUUUCUGAUUGCCAACAGGUAUAACUGAGCAAGCGUAAAAAAAGAGUGUUUGGAGCACACUUGGUAUUAGAGUUGUUGGUUUUCCAAAAUUUUUGUUUAACCCACUAAGGACCACUGGGAUGUCAUGUCAUCAGCCUGGUGCCUGAGGACCCUGUUCCAGUAUAGAAUGGUCAUAUUAUCACCAUUAACUGCAUGAGGGUGGUUUGAGGGUGCUGUUAGUG